AUGGCAGAGGAAAAACCAUCCCGCGAACCUCCCUCCUCACCAGCUGCAAAAAUGGAGGGGGAGGUGGGGGACACCCUACCACGUGGGCAGGAUGCAACACACACAGGACAGCAACACGUCCGCAUGGAACGGCUGCCUUUGCCCUCACGCCAGCAAAGGACACCGCGACAGGAUGGGCAGGAGCGCAGGCCCCCGCACGGGCCUCCGCACCCCGCGGGGCACCGCCAGGCGCGAGGGGCUGCCCCGCCUUCGCGGCCGAGAAGCGCCCCCAAGCUUCAAGGGAAGAAGCCGCACCGCUGCCCGGGGUUCGAGGGCUGGCCGAGGCCAGGGUGCAGCUUCCAGGCGAAAGGGGACGCUCGCUGUCCCCGGCCCCGGCGCCCACGGGGAUCCACGUCUGGUCCCCCUCCCCCGGGGCCCCAGCUGGGGGAGGGGCGGGAGGCGCGGAGCUGCCGCUUCCCGGCUGAGGGGCAGCAGCAGCUGAGGAGCAGCGCCGCGGGGGAGGGAGGGAUCAGCCCUCGCCGCCCGCCAGGCCCCGGCCCAGGCCCCGGCCCCCCGCGCCGCCCGCCGCCCACCUCACGGCGCGGCCGCGAGCGAAAGCAGGGAGAGGACGUCUCUCCGAGGGCAGCCCCUGCCUCCGUCCCGGGAGAUGCCCCAGCCCCGCCUCCUCGCCCCGUUGCCCCGGCACGGCCGCCUCGGCGGCGGGCACUCACCUCAGGCUGCGCAGGCCGGGACGGCCCGGCCGAGCCCCCGGCCGCUAAGUGCGUCUCCGCCCCCCCGGGAAAGGUCCCAACGGCGCCUGGUGCGAGCGGCCGAGGCCCCGAGCAGCGCCGAGAGUGGCGGCAGCAGCGGGAGCAGCCAACAUCCGGGGCCGCGCACCCGGAACUACUUCCCGACCCGCUCCCUCUCCCGCCCCCGCCGCCGCCGCCGCGGCCGCCGCCGCCGUCACGGUCGCCCCCGCCUCCCGCGACGUCGCUGCGCCACCGGCCGGGCGUCGGCGGCGUCACGACUGGUACGCGUCGCCGCCGCUUCGACUUGCGCGGGAUUCCUCCGCUGGGACAAGUAGUGCCUCGGGGCUCCACGCAGCCAGCGUCCACUAGCGGCCGGCAGUGCCGAUCGAUUUGGGGUCGCUUCGCCUCUCUCAGUGACGUUUUGGAGGGAGGGCCGCGGAGGCUGCCCGGGAAUCGAGGACCCUGCCUCCGGGUGCCAGGGGUCCCGGGCUCCCGGGGAAUGGCGCCGCGUGACCUCCCGCUGUCCCGCCGACCUCCACACCACCUUAGCCUCUCCGGGAAACCGGACCCCUUUCCGACUUUGCACACCGCGGAUUCUGCGGUCGCCAACAAAGGCGCCUUGGGGCUUCAGGACACCCUUUCAGAACUCCACGAGGCCGGGGUUCUAGACCCAUCAUUGCCGAGCCGGGUCUGCCUUUGCUUCUCGAAACAAAGGCGUUGGAGCUGGGGAAAGGACCUCUGGUUCUCAGGCUGGGCGCGCAGGUUCUGA